UUUGACACCGGCCAUCCAGACCAGCAGAUCCCCACAGAGCAGCCUUGGCUGCCGUAUUCUCAGAUCGCAGCUCUGUUUCCGCCGCAGCCUUUCCUCUCAGUUUUCUGGAGCAACACAUCCCAGGCUGCUGCGGCGUCAGACCAGCCUCCGCAGCGCCCCGUCGGUCGGAUGCCGCUGGAAGCCGGUGUAUCACGCCAAGGGUUGAGUCAUCCCCGUUUCUGCUUGCCUUGACACGUUUGGCCCCUGUGCGCGUCUGUCCAGGCCUCAUCACGCAGCGAUGGCGCUAACCGGGCUGACAUCUCGCCGCAACGCUAAGGGCCUCUGAUGUCCAUGACGCUAGCACUGACCUGUCCCUCAAUCCUCAAAGCACUGACAUCAUCAAAGUGGGACACAUUUCUGCCCCGGGGGCUAUUAAUUGCCAAAUAUGGACACAACUCCAGUAAAAGAAUCCCGUGGGACUGUAAGAAAUCAGUGAGGCAGAUUGGGAUAAGCCGGCCAACACAGAGCUGGGUGGAGAGGAGAGGACACCAAUCAGGCCGUCAGAAGACAGACAUCUAAGCCAUGCUUUAGCACACACAGGAGAAAGGUGGUUGAUCGCUGGAUAACGCCCCCGCUUUUUCUUAUACACUCCUGAGCCGGAAACGCGCGCAUCACCCUCUCAUCUGUCAUUCGCUGUAUAAUAUCCCUGCAAAGAUGCCGAUGCCAAGGUUGGCACUGUGGCACUUGUGGUGACGGGGCACAGAGUGUGUGCGCACAUCCGGCAGGCACGCCGGUGGGUCGGUGGGUGUACAGGCACACCAAGAGGCAUUUUCGGGUGGGUGUGGUUGAACCAUGCGGCCCUGGGCGGGUUCAUGGCGUUGGAUUACCCUGGUGCUGUUGGCCUGGGGCACGCUGCUCUUCUACAUUGGUGGUCACUUGGUGAGGGACAGCGAGCACCCAGAACGGUCCAGCCGGGAGCUCUCCAAGAUCUUGGCAAAGCUGGAGCGGCUCAAGCAGCAGAAUGAAGACCUGCGGCGCAUGGCCGAAUCGCUCAGGAUACCAGAGGGUCAGGCAGAAGCUGGGUCCCUGGCCGCAGGGAAACUGCGCUCCCUUGAGGACCAGCUAACCAGAGCCAAACAAAAGAUCCACAGCUUCCAGAAACUCACUGGAGAUGGACCCGGGCCCACUCAGGAGGAGCUGCGGAGGAGGGUGGAGAACGGCGUUAAGGAGUUUUGGUAUUUUGUUCGCAGCGAGGUGAAGAAAUUGGCCAACGCUGAGCCCAGCGAGAGGCAGAAGUACGCCGACACGCUCCUCCAGGACUUGGGACACCAGGAGAGAUCCAUCAUGACAGACUUGUACUACCUCAGCCAGGCGGAUGGAGUGGGCGAAUGGAGAGUGAAGGAGGCUAAAGACCUGUCGGAUCUGGUCCAGAACAGAAUCACCUACCUACAGAACCCCCCAGACUGCAGUAAGGCGAGGAAGCUGGUGUGUAACAUCAAUAAGGGCUGUGGUUAUGGCUGCCAGCUCCAUCACGUCGUCUACUGCUUCAUGAUCGCUUAUGGCACCCAGCGCACACUCAUCCUGGAGUCUCACAACUGGCGCUACGCCCCUGGCGGCUGGGAAACCGUCUUCCUGCCCGUCAGUAACACCUGCACCGACCGCUCUGGGGCCACCACCGGACACUGGUCAGGAGAGGCCCAUGAUAAGGACGUCCAGGUUGUGGAGUUGCCUAUAGUCGACAGCCUCCACCCUCGGCCCCCAUACCUGCCCCUGGCUAUCCCUGAGGACCUGGCCCCACGCCUGCACCGUCUGCAUGGCGACCCCUCCGUCUGGUGGGUGUCCCAGUUUGUCAAGUACCUGGUGCGCCCUCAGGCGUGGCUGGAGAAGGAGAUCCAGCAGACCACUGCAAAGUUGGGCUUCAAACACCCCAUCAUCGGAGUCCAUGUGAGGAGGACAGACAAAGUGGGGACGGAGGCGGCCUUCCACCCCAUAGAGGAGUACAUGCUACAUGUGGAGGAGCAGUUCCAACAUCUGGCCAGACGUGUCCACAUCGACAAGAAACGAGUUUACCUUGCCACCGACGACCCCUCCCUGCUGCAGGAAGCCAAGACUAAGUAUCCAGACUAUGAGUUCAUCAGUGAUAACUCCAUCUCGUGGUCGGCAGGACUUCACAACCGCUACACUGAGAACUCACUGAGGGGCGUCAUCCUGGACAUCCACUUCCUGUCCCAGACCGACUUCCUGGUCUGCACCUUCUCCUCACAGGUCUGCCGUGUGGCCUAUGAGAUUAUGCAGACGCUACAUCCAGACGCCUCCUCCUUCUUCUACUCCUUGGAUGACAUCUAUUACUUUGGAGGUCAAAACGCCCACAACCAGAUCGCCAUCUACCCCCACCAGCCGCGCAACAGCGAGGACAUUCCCCUGGAGCCCGGCGACGUGAUCGGCGUAGCCGGCAACCACUGGGACGGAUACUCAAAAGGCAUCAACCGCAAACUGGGCCGCACCGGCCUCUACCCUUCCUACAAGGUCAAAGAGAAAAUUGAGACCGUGAAGUAUCCCAUGUACCCCGAGGCAGACAAACUGCUCAACUCUCAAAAGAAGUAAAAGAAGAAAUGAAAAAAAUAAAGGAAGAGAAGGAGUGAGGAGAAAUACGCAGACUCCGAUUCCAGGGAAGGAGGCUGCUUUUUUUUGUACAGAAGAAAGAGGCGUACAGAGUGCGCUAAGCUGAGAAGAAAAGAGAAAACGCCUGAACCCAGGGGUGAUAGGAAUGAGAAUGCACUCUGUGUGUUUAUGUGAGAGAGCGGGUGUGUGUGUGUGUGCGCGUGUGUGUAUGUAUGUGUGAACGUGUGUGCACUUGUGUAAAUGCCUGUGCAUAUGUCAGGUCAUGGAAGACUUGCACCCUACCACUACUCCCCCGCCCGAUGCUCUCAAGUCGGGUCUGUAGAGAUGUAGACGUGAACAUUGAUUUUAAAUAAAGCAAGAAAACAAUUAAAAUCUACAGAAAAUGACCGAGCUCGCUCUCCCGAGACAAGACUUGGACUACUGUAAGACUGGCGCACCCUAGAGUGAGCUUUGAAUCAAUGACUGAAAAAAAAAAAAAAAAGACAAACUGGAAAAAAGUGUUUUGAUUUUUAUUUAAUUCUUUUCAGUGGUUUUGAUUCUAAUCUUGCCUUUUUUUUCUUUUUCCCCUGUUCUUUUUUUUUUUUUGUUUGUUUACUGAAUGUACUGUAUCCUCUUCUUGCCAUGCUCAUCACCGCCCCCACCCCCGCCCCCCUUUCCUCCUCCAGUUCCACUCACUGUGCUUCCUCCAUCUUGUCUCUACAUGUGCAAUUAAUUUUAUAAUACCAUAUUGUGCUUUUAUCAAGUGUUUUUAACGGUCUUAAUUUUGUGCGUAUGGGGCUUGUGCAUUGUAUACUGUACAGUGUGUGUGUGCGAGUGCAAAGACGGAUGCGUGACUGAUCAAGUGUGCCUGUGUGUGCUGUUUAAAGUCUAAGGGGCCAUGUCAUGACCUGGUGCCUGUUAUUGGUGAGCAGUGUGUGUUUUUUUUUUUUUUUUCUUUUUUUUUUUUUUUUUUCUGGCUUUCCUCCCGACUGAAUAGUGUUUGUGUGCCCAGCGGGAGACUGGCGGUGACAGUGGGGACUGUCCUCGUACCCCCAGCACUUGGAACAAUGGUGAACCCUAGUCACUCCGCUGGUGACCUCUAGUGAACAAUGGUAAGAUUAUGUGGAGUAUGGUGAACUCAUGGUGCACACACACACACAAACACACACACACACACACACACAUACACACACACACACACACACACACACACAGGAGCCGUCCCGAGGCUCACCAAAAGAAGCACUCCACUGAGAUAAUGUCCUCUUUCGGCAUCUCUGCUGUCUCUUAAGUCCAUCUGUUUGUUUGUUUGUUCUUUUUUUUUUUUUCUUUUUUUUUUUUUUUUUUUACUUUUAACAUUGCUGUUUUAAAAUAAAUGAGGAAAAAUAUGCCUAUGUUUAAAAAUGAUAAUGCUAUAUCAGACUCAGAGUCCCCAUCAUGAAGGCUUUUUUUCAUAACUUAUGUUCUUGGGCAUUGUCUUUGAUAACCACAGAUCGAAUAAACUUGAGAAACCAA